AGUUUGACAGUAGAAAUUUCAUUGUAUAUAUAAACAAAAAUCAAGUGUUUAUUAUUUUAAAUGAAAUUUUAAUAAGAAUGUCGUUUAAAAGUGUUAAAAAUAUUGGUACUGUUUCACAAAAAUGUGGAGAAAUUAUAAUUACAAUGAAAAAAAAUGCCAAAAAUGUUUAUUCAUACAAUUGUUGGUUUUGUGACACUAUUUGUAUACAAAUGAAAAAGUUUACUUUGCAUCUUGAACAGGAACAUAUAACCCAAUUGGAACAGGCAACAGCUAUUGUUACUGAUACUAACAAUGAAGAUAAUCUCGAUGAUAAGUUAGAAAUACAAAAAGAAACCGCUAUUGAUAGUAUAUUUGUUGGAGAAAUUAAAAUUGAAGAUUGUUUUAAUGAUAAUAGCGAUGAUUUAAUAUCUGAAUUAGGAGAAGAAAAAUCUCAAAUUGUAACAAGGUGUCUUAAAAAGGAUCAAUUGAUGCAAAAUUCCCAAGAUCCACUAGAAGCUUUUGAAAGUAAUGCUACUGAAAAUGUUCUACCAGUUUCAUUGGAAAAUGAUAAUGAAGCAUUUAAAAUAGAUAAUUCGAAUUUAAAAGAUGAAUUUCAAUUCGAAAAUGUGAAAACAAAUAUGUUAUCGGAUGAUGAACAACUAGAAAAUAAUUCCGAUUUCAGUAAAAACCAUAAUGACAGCGAUAGUGAUUUCAAAAUGGAGUAUAGUAGCGAGGAAAAUUUAAUAAAACCACUCAAAAACAACCGAAAAGUUAAAGAAAAAGAAUAUAUUUUAGCACUCAUUGAAGCUUAUUAUCAAAAACCUCAACUAUGGAAUACAUUAUUACCCAAGUGCAAUAAUGUUCAAAGAGAAAUGCUAUUUCAAAAUAUAACUGAUGAAUUGAAUCAAAAAUUAAAAAGAAAUUUAAAAUUAUAUACGAUUAAGAAUAAAAUAAAUGAUAUAUGCAAGAAAUACGAAAAAGAAAUUAAAAGACAAUUGGAAGCGGAUGAAAAAACUAUAGAAACAAAUAUUACAGAAUUAUGGUUUUACGAAAAUAUGAGUUUUCUGAAAACCUCAAUUGAAAGCAAAUUAAAACAGAAAAGGAAGAAAACAUAUCAUAAAGUGAAACCCUUAAGUGAUGACUUAUUAUGCGAAAUAAUAGACGUUUACAAGACUUACAGUAGUUUAUGGAAUGUCAAUCAUGUAGCCUACCCCAUCAAACAAAAACGUGAUGAAUCUUUGCAAUCUAUGGUGGAAGAUGUUAAAAAGAAAAUUGAUAUUCCUUUAGAUGUAGAUAAACUUGAAAAACACCUGCUGCAUAUACACAAUUCAUUUUCUAAAGAUAAAGAAGACAAAUUGAAAUGUGAAGGCAAACAUAUUGGUUUUCGACCCACUUGUUCUUUCUAUAAUAAAUGUGAUUUUUUAGAAGAACAUCAAGGACCAUUUAAAUGCCCCUAUUGCAGUGAAAUCCAUAUGCAAUAUAAAGAUUUUCAAAUACACAAAUCACAACACGAUGGAUCCAUACCAUUUAAGUGUCAAGAAUGUGGCAUGGGAUUCAAGGCAAGCGGCAAUUAUACAUUACAUGUAAAACGACAUUUAGGAGUUUUUCGAUAUCGUUGUAAUAUUUGUGACAAGGGAUAUCCCUUAAACUCUGAACUAACACUUCAUAUGCGUUCACAUACCGGCGCCCAACCGUAUUUAUGUUCUAUAUGUGGAGAAGGAUUUCGUGCAGCUAUUGGCUAUGAUAAUCAUAUGCGUCGACAUGAAGAAAGAUUUCGAUAUCAUUGUCAAAUAUGUAAAAGAGGAUUUAAUGUUUUAGCAACCCUUAGGGAUCAUGUUAAUGCCCAUCUAAAUGUUCGAAAUUUCGUUUGUAAUGACUGUGGUAAAAGUUUUACUUCUAAGAAGUAUCUACAAUAUCACAGCCGCAUUCAUGGUAGUAAAAACUAUACAUGUAACAUUUGUGGUAAGAGUUAUGCCCAGGAUGCUGGUUUAAGACAGCAUAAAAGACACAUGCAUGCCACAAGGAUUCCAGCAAGAAUGUCAAGUACAAGUGUUUCAAACUGUAAUACUGUAAGCAAAAAGUGUGGAGAAAUUAUAAUUACAAUGAAAAAGAAUGCCAAAAAUGUUUAUUCAUUCAAUUGUUGGUUUUGUGAUACCAUUUGUAUACAAAUGAAAAAAUUCACUUUGCAUCUUGAACGGGAACAUGUUACUGAGUUGGAACAUACAACUUCUAUUGCAACUGAGCAAUAUAAACCAGAAAAUGCUAUAUCUGAUAUUGAAAAAGUAAAUAGUAUCGAUAAUAUAUUAGUUAGAGAAAUUAAAGUAGAAGAUUGUGACAGUGAAAAUAUUAAGUCCGAAACGAGUGAGGAAAAAUCACAAGUUAUAAAAGAAUGCAACGACAAGGAGGAAGUAAUACCAAGAUUCCAAGACCCUCUUGAAACGUUUGAGGAAAAUCAUGAUGGAAUUUUAUUGCCCAUUUCAGAAGUAUUGAUUAACCAAAAGGCUUCGAAAUUAGAUACAAAUGAAUACUUUGAAAAAAUACAACCAACAGAAGAUGUAGAAAUGCAUUACUUUUCAGCAGACGAACAACAUGAAUAUCAUUCAGAUUUAAGCGGUGAAGAGUCUUCGGAUAGUGAUUUUAAAAUUGAAGACAAUGUCGAUGAUAAACUAAUGAAACCUUUUAAACAAAGUGCAAAGUCAAAAGAAAAGGAACUAAUUUUGGGUCUUAUUGAUGCGUACUACAAAAAUCCACAACUUUGGGAUACAACACUUAUGGAAAGAUGUAAUUUAAAGCAGAAAGACGAUAUACUACAAACUAUAACAGAUGAAUUGAAUGCAAACUUAAAGAUGAAAUUAAAAUUAUACAUGGUUAAGAAAAAGUUAAAUUUUAUUUGCAAGCAGUAUGAAAAAGAAAUUGAAAGACAAAUCAACGAGAAUGACAAUAGCAAAGAGUCGCAGAAUUCCGAAUUAUGGUUCUUUGAAAAUAUGAGUUUUCUAAAAUCCACAGUUGAAAAUAAAUUAAAACUAAAAAGAAAAAAACCAAAACAUAAAGUGAAACCCUUAAAUGAUAAUCUCUUAUCUGAGUUAAUUGAUAUUUACAAAAACUAUAACAGUCUAUGGGAUGUUAAUCAUAUAGCUUAUACAGUUAAGGAUAAAAGACAUGAAACUAUGGAGUCUAUGUUGGAAGAUAUUAAUACUAAAAUGAAUCUUACUUUAGAUAUAUACAAAUUAGAAAAACACUUACAUUUUAUACAUAAAUCAUUUGCUAAGGAAAAACACCACAAAUUGGAAUGUCAAAUAAAUCAAGAGGAUUUUCAUCCAUCAUGUUCCUACUUCAAUAAAUGUGACUUUUUGGAAAGUAAUCAAGGACCUUUCAAAUGCCCCAACUGCAAUGAAAUCAUUGAGACCUAUAAUGACUUUCAAGUACAUAAAUCGCAACAUGAUGGCUCCGUACCAUUUAAAUGUCAGGAAUGUGGCAUGGGAUUCAAAAAAGUUACCAACUAUACCAUACACGCAAAACGGCAUUUGCGUGUUUUUAAAUUUCAUUGCGAAAUCUGUGGAAAGGGAUAUCCAUUUAAUGCUGAACUAGAUCUUCAUAUGCGUUCACACACUGGAGCCCAACCAUAUUUAUGUUCGGUAUGCGGUGAAGGAUUUCGUACAGCCAUUAGUUACGAUAAUCAUAUAAGACGUCAUGAGGAAAGAUUUAAAUAUUUCUGCCAUAUAUGUAAAAAAGGCUUUAAUCAUAUGACACGCCUUAAUGAUCAUGUCAAAGCCCAUCUCAAUGUGCGUGAUGUUAUAUGUACGGUAUGUGGUAAGGGUUUUACCAGCCGUAAAUAUUUAAAUCACCAUAAGCGUAUACAUGAAGGUAAAAAUUAUAGUUGUAAUAUAUGUGGGAAAAGCUUUGCUCAGGAUGCUGGUCUAAGGGCUCAUAAAAAAUACCAUGGAACUCCGAUUGGCAUUAGUAGUAUUCAAAAAGAACAGAAUAAAUAUAACUUAUUGUAAGUUUAUAAUAGUUAAUGGAAAAAAUUCAAAUGUAUAUAAUUAUUUAAAAAAAAUAUAUAUAAUAAAUAUAAAAAUAAUAAUACAAAUGUUGAAAAUCCCACGGUGGUCUUUUUCAACCACUGG